AUGGUCGCACCAUCCGCCACCCGCAACGUGCUCCAAUCGUACGGAAAACGCGGAAUCUACGUGUCGCUCGUCGCCGCCAUCGCAUCGACGGUCGCAUUCAACGCGUUCUACGUGUGGCCACGUCACAACGCUUAUGAGGAGUUCUUCGCAAACUACGAUCCAUACACCCGUAUGAAGGAGAUCUGUGCCGCCAACAAGGGAUACAUGCACACGUGUCCGAAAGAGUUGGCAAAGUUGUACGAGGAGAAGGGAAAGACUGUCGCCGAGCACUGA